CAACGUUGCCACGGGUCCCGACGGUCAACGUCACCGUUACACAAAACCAGCCCGAAAAUUCUGCCGCAACGUCGCUGCGUUUGUGUGCCGGUGUGACGUCACAGUGCUUAGUGUACGAGGCUGGACUCACUACAAACAAAUGCACUACACCACUGGCACGUGACACCUGUGGUAACCACCGCCACAACCGCCGGAAGUCUCCAGUAAACACGCGUCACCUGUUAAACCGUAACACCUCUUUCAGACGAAAGAUGUCGUCCCAAGUCCGCCUGAGUCUGCUGCCGAGAGCCAGAUGCAUGUUCGACGAGCCCGUCCAGGUGAAGGUGGCCGGUCUCAGGUCGAGACAGAUGGUCACCCUGAGAGCCAGAUCCACUGACGAGAAGGGAGUGGUGUUCAGCUCCUCGGCCACCUUCAGGGCUGAUGGGAGCGGGCAGAUCGACCUGGAGAGGGACCCCUCCCUCGGUGGGACCUACACCGGCGUUGAACCCAUGGGUCUGCUUUGGUCCAUGAGGCCGGACGCUUUGCACAAGAGGUUCCAAAGAACUAAGUCUCUAAACGCCCACGUGGUGAAGAUCUCAGUUCAUGACCAGGAAAAGGAAGAGGGGGGCAGGAUGCUGGCAGAAGCGACCAAUGAGAGGCUCCUGAUCGGAGACGGGGUCAUCCGGCGCACAGUCAGAGAGGGGAAUAUUCAUGGGGUCCUCUUUACCCCCGCAGGAGAAGGUCUGUUCCCCGCUGUGUUGGAUCUCCACACCACCGGUGGAGGUUUGUCAGAAAAAAGGCCCUCCCUGCUGGCAAGCCGAGGGUUUGUGGUUCUGACUGUAGCGCUGUACGGUCACAGCGACAUGCCGAGAAACAUCAAAGAGGUCCAUCUGGAUUAUUUAGAGGAGGCAGUGGAUUUUUUGAAAAAACAAUAUAAGGUUGGCAGUAAAGGAGUUGGUGUGAUAUCCCUUUCAAAAAGUGGAGAUCUGGCACUGUCGAUGGCCUCUUACCUGCAAGGUGUCGAGGCCGUAGUGUGGAUCAACGGCUGCUCCGCCAACACGCUUCUUCCUCUCUACUAUAAGAAGAGCCAGAUCCUCCCCCCGUUAAUGGUUGACCUCAGCAAGCUGAUUCCCACUGAGUCAGAGGCCUUCAAUACCAAGAAGGUUAUGAACGACCCUCUGGCAGAGGAGAACGAGGCCACCAUGAUCCCUGUGGAGCGGGCGGAGGGACGUCUCCUCUUCGUGGCCGCAGAGGACGACCUCCACUGGGACAGCAAGGCUUACGUGGACAUGAUGGUGGAGCGACUCCAGCGUCAAGGGAAGGACAACUUUGAGAUUGUGUGUUACCCCGGAGCGGGACACUAUCUAGAGCCGCCUUACGGACCCUACUGCCCCUCCAGUUUUCAUUCAGUUGUGGGCGGACCGGUCCUGUGGGGGGGCGAGGCCAGGUCCCACGCUGCAGCUGAGGUCCACCUGUGGAAGAAGAUCCAAGAGUUAUUCAGGACUCACCUGAGCUGUGAAGCUACGCAGACUAAAGCUAAACUCUAGAUGCAAAUAUCACGAUGUGAGAGAGAUGGGUAACAGCUGAGGAGGGGUUACAACUGCAAUCAAAUAAAACAAGCAAAUAAUAAAACUACCGAAAUAUAAA